AUGGCCUUUCUCUUCCGCCUCCUCGGCGACCUCAUCUCGACGCGUGACGAGUCGAAGGCGCCGUCGAUCGCCAAGCGCCAAGGCCCGAAGAAGACGCAUCAGUACACGCCGCCCGUGCCGCGGCCUCAUAUCGAAUCGGCCUCGUAUGCGACCGACUACUUUGACGCGAUCGUCGAGCUCAGCGGCCACGACGCGGCGUUCGACCGCAGCUCGUCGAUCAGCGACGUCAUGGACUACAACGACCCACUGACGCCAAGUCCGAUGCCCAGUGCGCUCUUCAGCAAGCAGUACUACAUCCCGAGCGACAAUACGACGGACGACGACGUCAUUGCAAGCAACCACAAGUGGAACUCGCUCUCGAAACCCGAUGCGUUCCUCGACCAGAUCCUCAUUGCAAGCACACAAGCGGUCAACUACAGCGUGAGCUCGCAGACCAAGAGCGAGAUUGCGCGCGAGAUCCUUCAGCAAAUCGUCGCGCCAUCGAGUGGAGACGACGCGCCACGGUCGCUUCCGCGCCUCCACUCGGUGAGCCCGCAAGUGAGCGCGGAGGCUGAGACGCUCAAGAAGGCGACGGUAAAAUCGCGCCGACGCAGCUCCAAGUGGCUCUUCGAGUACCAAGAGACGUCGCAGAUGGACCUCAACAGCUUCCAGCACCAAGUCGACGAAAGGCUCUCGAGCUCGAUGGAAAUAGACGAAGCGCCGCUUCUGUUCGAGCCGCCGCCGCGGUCGUCGCAGAAAUCGCUUUCCACGCGCAACCACGCGCUCACGAUUGCAAAGGAAAUGAGCUCGCGCAACAACUCGUCCAAGCUCCUGCAAUCAACGUCUGAUGGCAAGACAACGCUGAUGCCAGCGUCGACGCAGCGCAGCCUUUUCCAGCGUCAGACCAGCCCGCCUGUGGAGCCAACGGCGCUGCCGAUGCGCUAUACGCGCUCGGUGCCUCAGCAGACGGACGCCGCGCCACCCGUGUCCCGCCUGCGCUCCAAGCGCGACGUCACGAAAGCGCCGAUCGUGUCGAUGCGGUCCGCGGCCGUAGAGACCAACGCCCCACCUCCGCCGGCAGGUUGGCGACAUGGCCCCGCGUCGGCAGUCGUCUCAGGAGGCGACAACGAGACGUGUGACACCGCGCCGUCAGCACUCGACCGCCGAGGCGAUGCCCAUGACACCGCGCCGUCACCUUUCUCGCGAGCCGACGACGCCCCGUCGCCAAGCCUCGCUGGAGGCCCAGACUCUGACAACACCGCGCCGGCAGCAAUUUUCCAUUGA